AUGGACAAGACGGACGUGAGUCACCUCGAGAUAGCGCAAGACCUUGAUGAUGGCAAUGAUGCUAGACAAGUCAAGCUGCUGAGAGAUAAUGCGGUGGUGCUCAUACCGACCCCAUCUGCUGACCCCAAGGAUCCUUUGAACCUUCCCCCAUGGCGAAAAUGGGCUCUACUAAUUCUCGUCUCAGCAUACAGUUGCACAGCUGUUUGUUUGGCUUCUGGAAUGGGUCCCAUUUUCUCUGUGGUCCAACAAAGCUACCCAGGACAAGAAGCCAAGGCCAAUGACCUGAUGACCUAUCCAACUCUCUUCAUGGGUCUUGGCAACUUGAUUGCCAUGCCAUGGGCAUACUCAGCGGGUCGUAGGCCCGUCUUCCUCGGGUCCAUACUUCUCCUUAUCGGAGCUGGAAUCUGGUGCCAGUGCUCGCAGAGCUUAGGAAGUCACAUCGCAGGUCGCAACAUCAUGUCUCUUGCGGCUGGGCAAAGUGAGGCUCUGUCUCCCACGAUUAUCCAGGAAAUCUAUUUCCUUCAUGAACGUGGUCACAAGCUUGCAUGGUUUAUCUUCAUUCAAAACAUCGCCGCCGGCAUGUUCUUUGUGGUCUCCACAUAUAUGGUUUCAGCCUGGGGCUGGAGAUGGUGGUAUGGAUUCUUCACCAUUAUGAACGCCGUUGUUUUUGUUUUCUCCGUCAUCUUUGUAUCAGAGUCCCGCUUUGAGCGUCCAGAAGAAGCAGUCCGAGGACAUUCUGUCCUUGAUCCAAAGGUGAUUGAUGCCAUGGAGAAUGCCAUAGUCAGUGCGCACGGGACUGUCCUUGAUAUUGGGCAAUAUGGGCCUCGUCGCUGGAAAGAUGACCUGAAGCCUUUCGUUCUGAAGCCACGCCUGCAGGAUGUUGCUGUUUUUUACAAGCAAAUUCUCCAGGGAUUCUGUAUUCCAACAAUCUUCUGGCUCUUACUUCUCAACGGCGCAAAUCUUGGAGUUUAUGUUUUCCAAUCAUCGACAUUCUCAAGUAUUUUGAUGGCUCCACCUUACAGCUUCGCCUUCACAUCUCUCGGAUAUGUCCAAGCGGGGCAGAUUGUUUGCUGUCUCAUCUUUCUCCCCCUCCUUGGCUACGGAGGUGAUUUGAUCAUCCGCUCUCUCAGCCGGCGGAACAAUGGCAACUACAAACCAGAGUAUCGACUCUUCAUGAUGGCGAUUCCGGCUAUUGUUGGUGUGAUCUGCGGUAUUAUUUACGGACAGGCGGGGUCUCACCCAACUCAAUGGAACGUCGGCGCCGUAAUUGUUGGCUACAAUGCCAGCUUCUUCGCUUUUUUGGGAGCUAACAUUGUGGGUAUAACAUAUGCCGUGGAUAGUUUCCCGGAGCGCGCAGCGCAAUACUUGGUUGUCGUCUGUGCAGGCCGUGGAUUCAUCUCCUUUGGACUGAGUUAUGCUACUUUGCCGGCUAUCACAACUCUUGGGUAUGAUGGUACAAUGAUUGUGGAGUCGGUUAUUUGUGCUGUUUUGGCACUCAUCGCCAUCCCGGUGUUUUUCAUUGGACCAAAGAUACGGAUGUUGGCUUAUCGAUGGAUUAUUCAUGACUGA